AUGGGGAUGGAGCCCGAAAUGGACGAUGAAUCCUGCUAUGCCAUCCUGGGCGUGGACCCCUCUGCCAGCACCUCGCAGAUCCGCCAGGCCUACCGGAAGCUGGCGCUGGCGAAGCACCCGGACCGCGGCGGUGACCCGGAGGACUUCGCGCGGGUCAGCAAGGCCUACGAGGUGCUGAGCGACUCGAAGGCCCGGGCGAAGUACGACGCCACGGGGCGCACGUCGAAGCUCAGCGCGGAGGAGGAAUUCAUCGAGGCCUUCCGGAGUUCCGCGGCUGCCCACGAAGAGAAGCCGGUUCGGCGCGAGGAACCUCCUCCGCCCGUCUUCCGCGAGGCGCGGGAGGAGGCGCCGCCCAAGCGCUUUGCAUGGGAGCGGAGCGAACGACAAGAGGUCCGGCCAGGGCAGAGGCGGAGCGGCGGGGUGCACAGCUUCUCUGCGAACGUGGGGACGCCGGGCGCGGCGGCGAGGCCCGCGCCGCUGGCCUUCAUGCGGCCGGCGGAGCAUCUGAGGGCUGACAUGGCGUCCAUUGAGAUUUGUGGAAGUUGGAACUUCUGGCGGCCGCAGCCGAUGAUCAUGGAGGUCCAGCGACGCUGCCACAAGUUUCAAAUCCAGCUGAACAGUAGCGCGGCAGAGAGCUUUCAGCUGUUUGUCGCUGGCGAUGGCCCGGGACGGUGUUUGCAUCCGGACCGCCCGAACGCCGUGGCACAGGAGUUCCACCGCUUAGAAGGCCCGGACGACAAUGAGAAGGGCUACGGCUGGAGCAUCGGAAAGCAUCCGGAGGACCACGCCUGCGCGGGCGCCCGCUACGAGGUGAUGCUGAUCUUCGCGGCGAAUGGCCGGCCAGAUCGGCUCGAGUGGGUGCGCUUGAAUCCCAAGGCGACGAGUGCCCCAGCCACCGCUGCGCCCAAAAAGCGUCCACAGCCCUAUGGGGGGCUGACGAUGGCCGGCUUUCUGCAGGCGGCCAAGCCCGACUGGUCGCAGAAGGACAUCACCUCGGUGCUGGAGCGCCUGGGGAAGAUCACCGUCACCGACCUGAACAGCCUGCUGCGCGCGCUGCAGUCCGAGGGCUCGGCGGGCAUCAACGCCAGGUUCAAAAGCGUCUCCGAAAAGAGCUUCACCGACACCACCCUCAAGGCGCUGAAAUCGCACGCGGUGAAGGUGCACAGCGCGGAACAGGAGCGGCUGAAGCCAAAGCCCGCGCCGGCCGGACCCACCGACCGUGGCGCCAGCGCCGCGAACGCGCCGGUGCCCAUGCAGGAGUACAAGGUGAUCCACGACUUCGUGUACUUGCGCCAGGAGCCCUCGUUGCAUGCGCCCAUCUUGGGCAAAAGACCCAAGGGGGAGACCUUCUUGGCCUCCGAGGAGACCUGGGAUGGCUGGGUGAAGCCGCAUGGGCAGCCAGGCUAUGUGGUGAAAGACAUGGGCGGCUUGCAAGGCAUCGGGAAGGUCUUGUCCAUGGUGGGCAAGGCGCUGCCGGUGGUCCUUUCAGAGCCCCAGGGCACCAACGAGCCACUGCACUUCGAGGUGGUCUAUAGCCCCUUCGUGGCCGUGCGCACCGGCCCGUCCAAGUCACGUCCCAUCCAGGGCACGCGCAAGUGCGGGGAGCGCGUCAAGGCAGUGGCGCAGGGCUAUGGUGGCUGGGUGCGGGUGGCGCCUGAAGAGGGUGGCGGAUGGAUGUUGACAGCGGAUGAGGAACUCGGUCAGCUCUUGGUCUGCAGGACGAUCGAGGAGCGUUGGCAGCAGGUGGCCGCGCUGCGGAGCGCCAUCGACCGGCGCGAGGCGGCGGUGUUGGCGGAGGCGCUCACCGUGGCGCGGAGGUCCGGCGUUCGCGGCCCAGACAUCUCGGAAGCCGAGCGGCUGCUGCGCGAGCUCCGACAGCGCGAGGCGCAACGGAAGGAGCUGCUGCAGCGCGCUGCGGCGGCGCAGGCGGAAGGCCGCGAGGAGAAGCUCCGGCGCUGCGUGGAGGAGGCGCAGCACGAGGACUUCGCGCAGGAGCAACAGGCCAUGUCCGAGGCGCUCUCCCGCUUGGUGACGACGAAGCAAGAGGCAGAGCGAGAACACGAGCAGCUGCUGGAGGCCCUGGCGGUGGCGGCGCGCGGAGGGCAAGUGGCUGAAAUCAAGGCUGCGCGGAACGCCGCCAAGGCGGGGGGCGUCCCCAUGAAGGAGAUCGCACGGGUCUUUGCGCUGCACAACGGCUCGGCCGGGUGA